AUGCCCAUGUGCUUCGGCCGUGUCCGGACGCGAUCUCCACGGCGCACGGGUUGCUGCGGGGGACUUGGAUUGGGCGGGCCCAAAGUAGUGGCAGCGGGAGGUGGGCUUGCCUCAGUUGAGGGCGAGGGCGGCCCAGAAGGACUCGUGGGCGAAGGUGAGCUGGGAGUCACGUCGGGGGCGCCCGCAUCAUCCGAAGCAGGCCCAACAGAAGGUGGGACUUGGGCCGGCCUGGACGGGCUGAGGUCCGCCAGCAACUCGUCGUCGGAGUCAGGGUCGGUGGUGGAGAAAUUGGGCCGCGGGAUCCAGUGA